AUGAGUCCAGUAAGUCCCUGGAUCGCGGCUUUAGCCGACCAAUGUCUCUCAUUCUACCUCGGUCAAAAUGAUCAAGAUGAGGUUCAGGUCGAGGAUAUUGAUGGAUGUCUCAGCUUCAGUAUCCGCAGGCCUGCACUCAAGACAGCCAUUGUUGUAUCGUGGGGUCAAGGAGAGAACAGGCAUUGCGCCACAUUUACAGACUCAAAAAACCAGAUCGAUGCGAUUAUUCUGUGCGACUCGCCGGACGCACAGGGAGAAACACCACCCUGCCCACCAUCGAUCAAAGGAGGCCCUAGGCACCUAGUUGAACUUUCUGAUAUCAAGCUCAUUUUUACGUACUCAGCAUCUACCCCGGAUAUCUACAUUCAAGUCAAACGCUUUACUAUCCGCCCGAAUGCGGUCUCACGAGGGGAUGUGCCGAAACCAAAGCUCAAGAAGACUCUCAGAACCCUGAUGACUAUGACAUGCGAGAAAAUCCAGAAGAACCAAGCGCAUGUUGGCUCCAAUGGUCAAACAAAUGCCGGAUUGACCCACUCGUUUGUUUCUCAGCGUGAUCCAAACAUACCGACCAAUGAUUCCCAGAACAAUUCUGUAUCACAGUCGCUCUUCUCCCAGCCCCCGUCUCAUAUGCGCCAUGGCCCACCGAAGGGUAAUCCAAUGACCAAUCGUGUUUCCCUCAACGGGUCAUCGGAUCUUCUAGGAUUGCUCGCGCCUUACGACCAAAUUCAAACAAACGACACAGCCCCCAGAGAGCUUCGCGGGGCUCACCGACCAUCUCUAGGUGAAAGUGAAAGCAGGCAUUCUCCCUUACCAAAUGAAAGAGACAACACUGCUGAUGCGACGUGCGCUAGUAGAUCCGCUACAGACCCGUCUUACGCCAAUCUCGAACGAGACGUCGACGACUUAAUAGAGGAGUGUAGACUUCGGGCUUCGCAGCCUCCAAAUGAAUCGGAUGAUCCUGACCGGGCUCAUGCUGUUGGAACGGGAGACAACCAGCAGUUCUCGAAGAAAAGACAUCGUGGCAGUACAGAUCCGCCAUCACAGGCUGCUCAUGAUGAUGACUUGGGCUCGCAGGGCCGGCAAAGCCCAACCACAUCACCCUCCAAAAAGCGACAGCGCAUUGAUACUGGAGAGGCGAUGUCGGCGGACCAAACUGAAUCUGAGCAAGUGCGAAAUAAGCCCGUGCCGUCAUAUCCUAGGGUGCAGAUAGUAACCACCAAAACAGACAUCUCCCUAUCCGCAACAAAUCCAUGGGAAGGAAUGGUAAAAAUACCUUUGAGUGAAAUUGAUAUUCCAAAAGAUCAAACUGAACUUUUGGAAGAACUCAAAUUCAUCCCUCAGGAUCCCGGUGUAUCCGCACCCUUAUGCCAUGUACCACCUAAUCUUUUGACACAAUGGAACAACAUUGCACGAAAACGACAGCAUUUGACAAAAGAAGGAGAAGAAGGAGGAGGGGAGGGAGAAGGAGAAGAAGAAGAAGAAGGAGCAGAGGAAGAGCAAGUAUCUGACCGUGGCCAUACUCCGACCCCGCAAGACGCGUUUACAUCUCCUCUAUCAUGGUCUCCGUCACCCAUUAGGACACCUGCCCGCGAUGUUCUUCCACGAGACACGGUUUCUCCCGAAGUCUACAGAAGGCCUGCCAGAAGAAUCCCUACGCCAAGCGGUACUCAAUAUAUCGUUGAUCAACCUACAGAAGAUGGUGAUGUGGGCAUGGUGAACGGAUCUCCCAGAGCUCCUGCUCAGCCAGGGCAGGGGGUUAUUGUCUCGUCAAAGCGCGUCAUCGAGACAGUAGAGCAGCAAUGUUCUCCGUCUCCUGAAGUAACAACAGAGCCGAUAAAUCCGAUGUCUUUGGAGUGUGACCUUGGAAAUGACCCAUUUUCAAAGCCCAACGCUUCAAAAUCGCUCCAUGAACCCCAGCGUGUAAAACAAGAACAUUGCCAUGAUGAACAACCCGCCGAAAAUCCCCCAUUUAAGCCUGAAGUGUGUAAUGGAUCAAGUGUCGAUGAGAGUGAUGAUGAGCCAGAGAUGGAGACAAGUGUUCCUUUCGCUCUGGGUGGAAGCCUUCCAUUAAGCAGUCAACCUGAGCAGGAACUUACUAGCUCGGGGCCAUCGCUUCCAAGACUUGCAGGUGGGACUAUCCAAGUGGUAGAGACACCUGCAGUCCAUAUCACACAUCUGAAUCCCAACAAGCAGAGCAAACAGAGAGCCGGAUUUCAGGCCCCGAGCUCUCAGCAGCCAUACUCUCAGGCUGCCAAGACAUCUCCCUCGUCUCGAAUUCUCGAUACCUACCGCUCGCAAGAUAGCCACGGGCAAAGUGGCCUAUCCCAGGAGGCCUCAAAUCCAUCUUUGCCGAUAUUGGCAGACGAAUCACUACGACUGGAUGUGCUAGGUACUCAGAGUCAGACCAGCAGUGUACACGCACCAUCACAGGCGACAGUCCAGUCAUCCUCAGACGUUGUGCUUGAUUCAUCGCGACCUGCUCAACGACAGCGUGGUUCGUCUAUCUUCUAUCUAGAUCCCUCGGACGACCCAUCGUCUUUUUCUUAUCCCAGGCGUCACUCGCUGUCCAUGUCUCAACUUCAUGAACCAAGCCAAGAUUCCUCAAGAGGACCCUUUUCCUUAGACGGAGCGUCACACAUGCAGGAUUUGUCCCCUAUGGAAUCUACCACCUUCGCUGCUCAUGGAGAAUCACCAUCCAAGUGUUCACGACACCUGGGCCGCGAGAGUGCUGACACUGGCCAGAAGGCAACGCACAGCCCGAAUGCCGAGUUGGUGGCACGGCGACAAGGCUUUAUCGGCAAGUCCAAUAAGUACGCUGAAGCACAGACGAUUUAUGAAAAGUUCUGCAAUGAUUAUUCGCCAUAUUCUGGUAAUUUCGCUCACUUCGCUGAGAUGUGCUCGAAACUGCAGGCAAUGCGGCAAAAGGGCCAACUGCAACGAUCGUUCUUAUGGGAUGACUUUGUCAUCCAACAUCUGGAAGAGUACCCACGCUAUUUUGCAGAAUGCUCAUCUCAAGAGUCGAAGACACUGGAUUACGAAGACUUCUUUUGCUCGAAAUUCUCACGCCCCCGGCAUAAAAAGAGAAGCCUAACAGCCCAUGGAGUUGACAUAGUCGCGUCUCAGUUUGUUCCGCCUACCCGUCCCGAGCUAGGAAACCCGCCAGUUCCACAGCAAGUGACAAUCCAAGGCGAGGUAACCCAGGAUAAAGUGGCGCAAAGCGAAGUCGCCAACACUUCUUUCACGGCCAGUCUUGUGGAAAAGCUCUCAAACCUCCACGCCCGGUCCUUUGAUGAUGUUCCUGUCCCGGAUGCCAACAUGCCCGCUGCAACACAGUCCUCGCCAUCCCCGUCUGCUGGCACCCGCCCGGAUUCGGUGGAGCCCAAAGUUGAGGCAGAUGAUUCUUUCAAUGAAACGAUUCACUUCCAAAAUAUAUCUAGCAGCAAUGAUCAAAAGCUCGUGCUUUCCAACGAUGAUGAAGAGAUGAUCGAUGCAACACAAUACGACGCAGAUGGUAUUCGCAUUUCGUUUAAUCCGAACGACAUUGACAUGACCGAAACCGGCAUGGACGAAAUUGAAGAGACACAGGAAGGAGACGAUACCCAUCAUGAAACUGCCAGCAUUGAACUUGGCGAUGAGACGGACGAUCGCCGCAUCUCUGCCCCUGCCUCUCCCUCUCCCGCACCUCCAGCGCCGCCCGCGCCCCUAGGCUGUCUGAAUAAUGCCGAGCUCGAGAGACCAAGACAACGAAGGCCCUGGUUCCGAUCUCUUCGGAACAUUUUCCCAACAGGUCCUGUAUGGUCCGAUGACCCCGACACGCCGUUCAAGCGCUGGGCGCGCCAAGACCAGAACGUUCUUCAGGAACUCCGUCGUCGCGGUGGAGCUAGGGUUCAAGUUGAUGAAAAGGGUGUCAUUCGUCGGCCCACCUACAACCAACAAGAGAACCCUGGUCCCUAA